UCCCCUAUCCAUUGACAAACAAAUCUCUUCUCUCCACUUGAAAAUGAAACUUUUGCCCAUUUACACUUGGCUUCUUUGCCUUUUGCUUUUUAUCGUGUGCUUGGGAUCUGAGUGUGGGACUCCACGGCGAAUUGCAAGGUCUAAAAGAGACUUGGUACGCAUCAGGGAAGCCAGAAGUACCUUCCCAGGAGCUUGUGCCACACGCCUGCCUCGGGGCAAACGCUCACUUCCCGGGAUAGAUCGGCGCUCCCCUCCCCUGUCACAGGCGGGGGAAAGCAGCCCAGGUCGGCGGAGGACUGUUUACUUUACCGGUCGAGGAGACCAACUGCGUCUGAAACCCAAUGCAGAGGUGCCAAGGGGUAAUUUCACCCUGGAAAUGUGGAUAAAACCUGAGGGUGGGCAGCGCUCUCCAGCUGUUAUCGGAGGUCUGUAUGAUAAAUGUUUCUACACGUCCAGUGAUAGAGGAUGGUUGUUUGGCAUCAAAGCAGUCAGUGACCAAGCCAACCGUGACCCUCGCUUCUUCUUCUCCCUCAAGACAGACCGCGCCCACAAGCUCACCACGAUUACCUCCAAUGUACCUUACACUCCUAACCAAUGGUCACAUGUUGCAGUGACCUACAACGGUCUCUUUAUGAAGCUGUACGUUAACGGGGCGCAGGUUGCUGUAAGCCGAGACCAAUCCGGUGAGAUUUUCAGCCCACUUACCAAGAAGUGCAAGGUGCUAAUGAUCGGUGGCAAUGCGCUGAACCACAACUAUAGGGGUACAAUGGAACGCUUGAGCUUGUGGCAUCGGGCUCUGACUCAACGUGAGAUCAUUAGAUACAUGGAUCACCGUUUGGGUCAGUUUGGUGACCUCUCUCAACUAGUCAUCCAUGAGAACUUUGAGAACAUGUCAAGAAGGUGGCUCACGGUGAAAGAUGGUAACUUCCCCCGGUUGGAGCACUCAGACCGAAGCCUAGCUGGUGACCUCAGUGACACCGCACUGAAACCUCCACCUUGCGGACAGACCGUGUGUGACAACGUGGAGGUGAUUACAAACUACUACCAGCUCUGGAGCUUUCGCAAGCCCAAGACUGUGCGCUAUCGAGUGAUAAACGUUUACGAUGAUGACGGACACUGGCCGACGAUUACCGAACACCAGAUCAACCUUCAGCACCAGCACUUGAACAACGCUUUCCGCGUCUACAACAUUUCCUGGGAGCGAACCAUUCACAACGUCUACAACUCGUCCUUACGUAACCGCCUAAUACUGGCCAACUGUGAUAUCAGCAAAGUGGGUGAUGAAGAGUGUGAUCCAGAAUGUAACCACACACUUACGGGAUUCGAUGCCGGAUACUGUAAGAGGCAAAUCGCUCGCUGUCCCGAAUACAAGCAGGGGAAUGGGGUUUGUGACCCAGAGUGUAACUUGGACAAUUUCUAUUACGAUCAUGGGGACUGCUGCAACCCUAACACCACUGAUGUCACGAAGACCUGCUUUAAUCCUGCGUCACCCCUCAGGGCUUUCAUGAACGUGAAGGAGCUGAAAGAGGUUUUGAAUUUGGAUGGAUCCACACACUUGAACAUAUUCUUUGCUAACUCGUCCGAUGAAGAUGUGGCUGGUGUGGGCACUUGGCCCUGGGAUAAAGAAGCUUUAACACAUUUGGGUGGAAUUGUAUUAAACCCUUCAUUUUAUGGUACGUUUGGCCACACUCACACCAUGAUCCAUGAGAUUGGGCACAGCCUCGGACUGUACCAUGUCUUCAGAGGAAUCUCAGAGGUGGAGUCCUGUAACGAUGCCUGCUUGGAGACUGAGCCCUCUCUUGAGACUGGAGAUCUGUGUGCAGAUACCAAUCCCACACCCAAGUACAAGUACUGCAGAGAUCCUGAGCCAGGAAAUGAUACCUGUGGCAGACGUCAUUUCAAAAACACCCCUUUCAACAAUUACAUGAGCUAUGCUGAUGAUGACUGCACAGAUUCCUUCACGCUGAACCAAGUUGCUCGGAUGCACUGUUACUUAGAUCUGAUCUACCAGUCUUGGAGACCUGGCAGUAAACCAGCUCCUGUUCCUCUACCUCCUCGAGUAACAGCGCAGGACCAAGACUCUCUUACCCUGGAAUGGUUCCCUGCCCUCACUGGCCAUUACUUUGACAGAGAAGUGGGAUCAGUUUGUGACAGAUGUACUGAAGUUGGGGUGCUCCUUCAAUAUGCCUCGAACUCAUCCUCUCCCAGACCCUGCGCCCCCUCUGGCCACUGGAGCCCCCGUGAAGCCGAAGGUCCACCAGAUGUAGAGCAGGCCUGCGAAGCGAGUGUCAGCACUUGGAGCCCAAAUGCCGGCCUAGACUCGAGUAGUGUUGGCUCAGCGUCCUGCCCACCCCAAGGCUGUAUGCUCCAGCUCGAGUUUGCCUAUCCGCUAGCACCUGACUCCCUCAUUGUUUGGGUCACCUUCUUCUCUCUGGAGGAGACUGGAUUGCCUGCAAUCCACGACAUCCUUUUGCUGACCCUUAGUGGUAACAACAUCUCGCUGGGUCCACAAUAUGCGUUCUGUGACACACCAUUAACGCUGAAGCUAGAUGUGAAGGAGGAGGUGUAUGGGGUGCAGUUCUUCACCAUGGAGCAGCACUUGGAAAUCGACGCCACAUUGCUCGCCUCAAAGCCAGACAAUCCUUUGUGCCGGUCGUGUCAUCCUCUUACCUAUAGACUGAUUCGCCAGCCACCGUUUACACACUCACCACAUGGGCUGAUCCUUCAGGAACCCACUCUGAAAUACGUGGACAGGGACUUAACGUCAGAUGAAACGUACACCUACCAUGUGCUGACAGUAUCUAGAAGAGCAGAGAGUGAACCAUCUCCACCUCUCUCUCACCAACUGGGCUCACCCUACUGUGGAGAUGGACUCAUCCAAAAAUAUCUUGGAGAGCAAUGUGAUGAUAUGAACUUCGCUAAUGGAGAUGGCUGCUCAAUCCAGUGCAAGAAAGAACCAUUAUUCAACUGUGUUGAUGAGCCCAGCUUGUGUUACGUCUACGACGGUGAUGGUGUGUGUGAGGACUUUGAGCGGGAGGUGAGUGUAAGGGACUGUGGUCUCUUUACCCCAAGCGGCUUCCUGGAUCAAUGGGCCACUGAGGUGCAGGUGUCCAAUGAGGAGAAGAUGCACUGUCCAGCACAGGUGGCUGUCGGAUAUCCUGCAGUGACGAAGCAGCCUACAGAGUUUCAGUACGGAAUCGUCGGUCUGCGUACAGUAGUGUACUUGAAUCAAUGGAGGGGUGGUGGUGGAAUGGGGAACAGUGUCACUGAGGUUACUGUGGAGUGCUGA